AUGGGUGUGAAUUAUCUCAACUGGCAGUACAAUCAAUUGGGCAUCGUUGCGACUGUCAAGCUGUCCGAGCCCACGAAGAACGUCGUUGCUUGGCAAAGAUUUCUUCCAACGGGACCCAUCGCAUUGCUUCCGUUGACAGAUUCUCUCAGUUCACUCGUAUGGUCCGUAACGAAAGAGAAAGCAAAGGAACUAUUGAAAAUCUCGGAGGAAGAAUUUGUCGACAGAAUAAAUGAGGCGCUGUGGCAAAUUUAUCCAAAGAGCAGCAUCGUUGAGAGCGGGAUGUACGGAUUCCAACAGUUGCUUACAAGACUUGCCUUAAAGACCAAUGCAUCCAGGCAAAUGCCGCCCUCCAUGGAGGCAAUUGUCGAGGGAUCGCGGGCGGCAUUUCCCUUAGGUUUCGGUCAUGCCUCGUCUUAUGUUCAGUCAGGCGCGGUGUUGAUCGGAGACGCUGCACAUCGAGUCCAUCCUUUAGCAGGUCAAGGUGUGAAUCUAGGUUUCGGCGACGUAGCAGAGCUGACGCAAAUCCUCGCCGAGGCCAGCGUGAACGGCAGUCAUCUCAAUGAUAUGUACUAUUUGCGGACAUAUGAGACGCUGAGGCAACGUCACAAUGUACCAAUAAUGUUUGCUAUCGAUGGACUUCAUCGGUUCUAUCAACACACUGCAGCACCCAUUGUUCUUGGUAGAAGUCUAGGGUUGCAAUUAGUAGACGCUCUCCCGCCAAUCAAGAAACUUUUAAUGCAACAGGCUGCAGGAAAUAAUAUGUUUUUAAAAUGCUUUCACUGGGGAACGUACAGAAUGUAA